AAAAAAAAAAAAAAAAAACUAAAACUAAAACACUUCGCACGUCUCUCUAAUCGCCGGCGAUGGAGAGCUACGCACUUCACUCUCCCUCCACCCCCGCUUCAUUCUCCCACCAUCCCUCACGCCUGUCUCUCCUCCGCCGCAUCUCAUCGAGAUCUCCGCCUUCAACCAUCUCUCUCCCUUCCCUCCGAUCUCACUCCGUUCAACCUCUCACCUUCCCUCUCCUCAAACCAAUCCCUCGUCUCUCCGCGCGGAUCGCCGCCGCACCACGCGACGACAUCCCUCCUCCUUCUCCUUCUCCUUCUCAACCGCAGCAAGGAGCGAAACUACUCCCCCUGAUCCUCUCCCUCUCCGUCGGUCUAAUCCUCCGAUUCGCCGUCUCUCUACCGGAAGGUCUCACCCCGCAAGGGUGGCAGCUUCUCUCCAUCUUCCUCUCCACGAUCGCCGGCCUCGUACUCAGCCCACUUCCCGUCGGAGCAUGGGCCUUCAUGGGCCUCACCGCUUCGAUCGUCACCAAAACGCUUUCCUUCUCAGCAGCGUUCUCCGCCUUCACGAGCGAAGUCAUCUGGCUGAUCGUCAUCUCCUUCUUCUUCGCUCGUGGGUUCGUUAAAACAGGUCUCGGUGAUAGGAUCGCUACUUACUUCGUGAAGUGGCUUGGGAAGAGCACGUUAGGUCUCUCUUAUGGAUUGACGAUUAGUGAAGCUUUGAUUGCUCCUGCGAUGCCUAGUACGACGGCUAGAGCCGGCGGUAUUUUCUUGCCGAUCAUUAAGUCGCUUUCGUUAUCGGCGGGGAGUAAACCGGGAGAUUCUUCUUCGAGGAAGUUAGGCUCUUACUUAAUCCAAUCCCAGUUUCAGUGUGCUGGAAACUCUAGUGCUCUGUUCUUGACUGCAGCAGCUCAGAACUUGUUGUGCCUCAAGUUAGCUGAGGAGCUUGGAGUAGUGAUUGCAAACCCAUGGGUUUCUUGGUUUAAGGCUGCUAGUCUACCUGCAAUCAUAUCGCUUCUUUGUACACCACUAAUCCUCUAUAAGCUCUACCCUCCAGAAACCAAGGACACACCGGAGGCUCCUGGCAUUGCUGCUUUGAAACUCAAGGAGAUGGGUCCCGUCACUAAAAACGAAUGGAUCAUGGUCGGAACAAUGCUUCUUGCCGUCACUCUUUGGAUCUGUGGAGAGAGUCUUGGGAUACCAAGUGUUGUAGCUGCAAUGAUCGGUCUCUCCAUACUUCUUCUCCUUGGUGUACUUAACUGGGACGACUGCCUAAGCGAAAAAUCAGCGUGGGACACAUUAGCUUGGUUUGCGGUCUUGGUGGGGAUGGCAGGACAGCUCACGAACCUCGGUGUUGUUACAUGGAUGUCUGAUUGUGUAGCCAAAGUUUUACAAUCACUCUCCUUGAGCUGGCCUGCUGCGUUUGGUCUUCUACAAGCAGCUUACUUCUUCAUUCACUAUCUGUUCGCAAGUCAAACCGGUCACGUUGGAGCUCUCUUCUCAGCUUUCUUGGCUAUGAAUAUAGCAGCAGGUGUUCCAGGGGUAUUAGCUGCACUCGCUUUGGCGUAUAACACCAAUCUUUUUGGUGCUUUGACUCAUUACAGUAGUGGUCAAGCCGCUGUCUACUAUGGAGCUGGUUAUGUUGAUCUACCUGAUGUAUUCAAGAUUGGAUUUGUGAUGGCUACGAUUAAUGCUAUCAUCUGGGGAGUAGUUGGAACUUUCUGGUGGAAGUUUUUGGGUCUCUAUUAAGAGAAGUUGGUUGUUCUUGAAGCUUACAACUACGUUAAAAUCUUCGUUCAUCAUUUAGUUUCGAGGGUUUUGUCUCCUCUCCUUUUUAAUUUACAUACGAAUAGAGAAUACGACAAUUCUUUGUAACAUAGAUAUACAGAGAUUUGUCAACAUGGAGACUCUGGUCUCUUCUCUUUUUA